UAAACACUACAAUCAAAUAACUUAACUUGAAUUCCUCCGCUACCCCCACAUUCCUCCGCCGGCGAUACUCUAUUCCUUCUCCGACCAAACCUAACCCAAAACCACCGUCAAAUAUCUCCGAUCAUCAUCUCCUGCAACACUCUCUUCUUCAAAUUUCAAUGACAACAACACUAACACGUUCACAAAACGCACAUUUCCCUCUCAGAACCCUCACAAACCCUCUCAUCUCACACAUCCCUUCUUCUUCUUCCUCCUUCUCCUCUCUCCCCACCGCACAACACCACCAACAACCCUCCCCCUCUCCCUCUUCUCUCCCAGACGCAUUCUUAAUCGACAAACUCCUCUUCCGCUUAAAGCAAAACGAUCUCUCUUCCCUCCGUAACCACCUUCUCCAUUCAAAUUCAUCAUCAACCCUAACCCUAAUCCCUCAACUUCUCCAAAAAUGCCACAAUUACCCUCUCCUACUUCCCAAUCUCAUCCAAACAAUAGCCUCCACGUGUCCAAAUCCAACCAUCACAGCUUCCAUGGUUCAUUUUCUAGUUCAAUCAAAAAAGCUUCCAGAAGCUCAAUCACUUCUCCUCAGGAUCAUCAGAAAAAGCGGUGUCUCACGUGUUGAGGUAAUCGAUUCUCUCAUUUCGAGUUCGAGUAAAAAUUUACAUCAAAAUGGCAUUGUUUUUGAUCUGUUGAUAAGAACAUAUGUUCAAGCUAGGAAAUUAAGAGAAGGUUCCGAGGCAUUUAGGAUUUUGAGAGGAAAAGGUUUAUGUAUUUCAAUUAACGCUUGUAAUGCGCUUUUAGGUGCGGUUGUUAAGGUUGGUUGGGUUGAUUUGGCUUGGAAUGUUUAUGAGGAUUUUGUUAGGAGUGGGAAUAAGGUUAAUGUUUAUACUUUGAAUAUUAUGGUUAAUGCUUUGUGUAAAGAUGGGAAAUUGGAUAAUGUUAGGGUUUUCUUGUCUGAGAUGGAGGAGAAAGGUGUUUAUCCUGAUCUUGUAACUUAUAAUACUUUGAUUAAUGCUUACUGUCAUCGGGGGCUUGUUUCGGAAGCUUUUCGGUUGGUGGAUUCUAUGGCUGGUAAAGGGUUGAAGCCGGGACUUUUUACGUAUAAUUCUUUGAUUAAUGGUUUGUGUAAGGAGGGAAGCUAUGAGAGAGCGAAGAGUGUUUUGGAUGAGAUGUUGGGGGUUGGAUUGUGUCCCGAUGCUGCGACUUUUAACCCACUGUUGGUAGACAGUUGUAGGAAGGAGGAUGUUUGUGGGGCGGAGAAGAUUUUUAAUGAAAUGUUGCAGCAUGGAGUUGUUCCUGAUUUGAUUAGCUUUAGUUCGAUUGUUGGGGUGUUUUCUAGGAACAGGGAACUUGGUCGGGCGUUGGAAUAUUUUGAGAAGAUGAAAGGUGUCGGGUUAGUUCCUGAUACUGUUAUUUAUACUAUUCUUAUUAAUGGGUAUUGUAGAAAUGGUGAUGUGUCCGGGGCUCUCCAAUUGCGGAAUGAGAUGGUCCACCAGGGUUGCGUUAUGGAUGUGGUUACAUAUAAUACUUUGUUGAAUGGAUUGUGCAGGGGGAAAAUGCUUGAUGAUGCAGAUGAAUUGUUUAAGGAGAUGUUGGAAAGGGGAGUUUUUCCCGAUUUCUACUCUCUAACGACUCUCAUUCAUGGAUAUUGUAAGGAUGGAAACAUGACUAAAGCACUUAGUUUGUUCGACACUAUGACUCUGAGGAGCCUUAAGCCUGAUGUUGUGACAUAUAAUACCUUGAUGGAUGGCUUCUGCAAAAUAGGUGAAAUGGAUAAAGCGAAGGAGUUGUGGCGUGAUAUGACAAGCAGGGAAAUAUUUCCCAACUACAUAUCGUUUAGCAUUUUGAUAAAUGGGUUUUGCAACUUAGGUCUUGUGUCUGAAGCAUUCAAGCUGUGGGAUGAAAUGAAAGAAAAAGGUAUUAAGCCCACCCUUGUUACUUGCAACACCAUAAUAAAAGGCUAUUUGCGUGCUGGCAAUUUGUCAAAGGCAAAUGACUUUUUGAACAAGAUGAUUUCAGAAGGAGUUCCUCCCGAUUGCAUCACAUACAAUACUCUUAUAAAUGGUUUUGUAAAGGAAGAGAACUUUGAUAGGGCUUUUUUCUUGAUUAGUAAAAUGGAAGAACAACGACUGCUUCCUGAUCUCGUCACAUACAACGCAAUUCUUGGUGGAUUUUCCAGGCAAGGUAGAAUGCAAGAGGCCGAGAUGGUAUUACAUAAGAUGAUUGAUAAAGGUAUCAAUCCUGAUAAAUCAACUUACACAUCACUAAUAAAUGGGCAUGUCUCUAAAGACAACCUGAAAGAGGCAUUCCGUGUCCAUGAUGAAAUGCUGCAAAGGGGAUUCAUCCCAGAUGACAACUUCUAGGAGUUUUAUUGUUACAGCUGUCAACUGCUACAACAUUACAGCACCUUGUUCUUAAUUCUCGAAUAUGAAGGUUCUGUAGAUCGAAAAAAUGCACACCCUGUUGCACGCCAUUUCUGCCCGUAACAUCCAAUCCAUGUUUCUAAACAUGAUGGAAUUCUGCUUGGAAAUGCAUAUGGUUAACAGGAUGGAGACACCACCUUCUUUCACAAACUUCAGACAAGUAGUUCUCGCCGGAGCACCGCCGUGUCGGCUACCGGUCUGUCGCUGUCGGACCGCUGGAAAAUCUGGGUCCUGCUGCCGUGGACCACCUGAGGUCCGACGUUGACCAGACUGUUGACCGGCCAUCCACCACCACCUACUUUUAUUCUUUAUUAAAAUAUUAUUAUUUAAAUUAUGUUGUUAAAAAAUUGAAUAAGAAAACUUUAGGGAGGUGUAAAAGGAAUAUUUUGGGCUCACUAUGUUUUGGCUCAAUGAAAAAAGAAAUUUGGAAUAAAAUGUAAAAAGCUAGUAUAAGUUAUAAACACAUUUCAUUUUUGUCAAACAAGCUUAUAAUUAAACUAGUCCUAUAAUUUAUAAGCUAAUUUAUUGGACUUACCAAACAGAUACUUGGUGGUCCAAUACACUAUUAUGCUCCUCAAUUAAUGUUGUUUGUUCAUUCUUUUUUUUUACAACAUUAUUGGU